UUUACUACGAAGUGGCGUGUGUGUAUGUCAACAGCUAGCAGCUACACACCUAUUUCGCCAUUACAAUAUUUGUUGCUUUUAAACUUAAGUCGACGAAGACGUGUUUUAAAAAGCAGUUAGUUGUGUUAUAUCGCGCUUUCUACGCAAGGCUAACAUUAGCUUUAGCGUCUCCGCCUCGACUUUGGAGAGCUGACGGUAGCUAAGCUAGCUAUCAACACACGAGCUAAGAAGUUCCCCAAAUGUUUAGGGUGACUCUGCGGUUUUAUAUAGGUUUUAAACGCGGUUUAAUUUAGCCAGCAGUAGUAGCUAUGCGGUCUUUAAACUAUGCCCAGCGGGUCAGCUUGGAUUUCACAGGGACUCUGUUUCCUCAUGCGAUCUGUCUGGGAGACGCGGACAACGACUCGUUGAACGAGCUGGUUGUAGGAGACACCAGUGGAAAGCUGCUUGUGUAUAAGAAUGAUGACUGCAAACCCUGGAUCACCAGGACCUGUGUGGGCAUGCUCACCUGUGUUGCAAUUGGAGACGUCUGCAACAAAGGAAAGAACCUGGUGGUAGCUGUGGGUGCAGAGGGCUGGUUCCACCUCUUUGACCUGACAGCCGCCACUGCAAACAAAGCAGAUUCAUCCAGUCAGCAUGAAUUCCUGUCCUCUGACGACCAGAAGCCUUUCUUCACCCAGCACAUUCCCGCCAACACCAAAGUCAUCCUCAUCAGUGACAUCGAACCCGCUGGACGCUGUGAGCUGGUGGUGGGCUACACAGACCGGGUGGUGCGAGCUUUCCGUUGGGAGGAGCCGUCUGACGGCUCAGACCUGGGAUCUGCUCAGCUGGUUCUGCUGAAGAAGUGGCUUCUGGAGGGGCAGGUGGACAGUCUGUCAGUGAACCCAGGUCCAGAGGGUCUCCCAGAGCUGAUGGUGUCUCAGCCGGGCUGCGGCUACGCCAUCCUGCUGUGUUCCUGGACGCAGCAGGACUCCUCCGGCUCCGGAGAAGACGCCCCUGCCACCCCGGGGAGCGAGGGGCCCUCCAGAGACGUAGUUCUCCAUCUGACCACUGGGCGGAUACACAACAAGAAUGUGUCCACUCAUCUCAUUGGCAGCAUAAGCAAAGGUUCAAAAGAGGAAUCUUCUAAAUGUGGCCUCUUCGCUCUCUGCACUUUAGACGGGACCCUGAAGUUGAUGGACAGCUCAGAGCAGCUGCUGUGGUCAGUGCAGGUGGAUCACCAGCUCUUCGCCCUGCAGAAGCUCGACGUCACUGGUGACGGCAGAGAGGAGGUGGUCGCUUGCGCCUGGGACGGUCAAACCUACAUCAUCGACCACAAUCGGACGGUAGUGCGGUUCCAGUUCGAUGAGAACGUCAACGCUUUCUGUGCCGGUCAGUACACAUGUAAGGAGGGUAAAAACACCCCCUGCCUCGUGUACGUGAGCUUCAACAACAAGAUCCACAUCUACUGGAAGGUGCAGCUGGAGCGCAUGGAGUCCACGAACAUGCUGCGGGUCCUGGAGGAGAAACCCGAGUUUAAAAACCACCUGAAGGCGCUGGGAGUCGACGCAGAGGACACGGCGGCAGUGAGAGCGCUGGUGGCAAACAUCCUCUAUAAGGAUUCACAGACGUAGCACAGUGACACAUCAACACAUUGCCGUCUCUGCUUUCCUCCCUGACUGUAAAUACUCUGUUAAUAAACACUGACUGU